CCUGUGCGGUGUCCACGCGGUUCCGGGUACAGGUUUUGGUUCUCUGUUCGCAGAGAAACUGAGGCUCGGAGCUGUAGCGACCCAACCCCGGAGCCAUAGGAAACCUGUUUCCCUUCCUUGGACUCGCUGUGAAAGGCCUGGCCUCGGGUUAUUGGCAGUUUCCCUGAAACCUCCAAUUUUUUCCUGCAAGGGGGUGAUCAAGACUGGAGUGGGCGGGGCAGUGACGGUUCUGGUCCGGGUUGCAGGUGAGGACGUGCAGACUCAGAGGCGCGGGGACAAAGUCGUUCUGCUGGGGCUGCGUUGGCGCCGGGAUUCGAACCCUAACUUUCAGCCCUAAGAGGCCUUGUGGAGCUGAGAUGACCCACUCUUUGGUUUGUGCAGAGACCGUGAGCAGGGUGAGUUCGGUUUUGAAUCGUAACACCCGGCAGUUUGGAAAGAAGCAUCUGUUCGACCAGAACGAAGAAACGUGCUGGAACUCGGACCAGGGUCCCUGUCAGUGGGUGAUACUAGAGUUUCCCCAGCGCAUCCGUGUCUCCCAGCUGCAGAUCCAGUUCCAGGGAGGCUUCUCCAGUCGCAGGGGCUGCCUGGAAGGUUCCCAGGGGAGUGAGGCUUUCAACAAGAUUGUGGAUUUCUACCCUGACGACAACAACUCGCUUCAGACCUUUUCCGUGCCAGCUGCCGAGGUGGACCGGCUGAAGGUGACGUUUGAGGAUGCCACUGACUUUUUUGGCCGUGUGGUCAUCUACCACCUGCGGGUGCUGGGGGAGAAGGUGUGAGGCCGCUGAGCGGCUGCCUCCUCUAGGAGCCCUCCAAAAAGCACAGCAAAGUCCUUUACGUUCUGCACAGAAGGUUUAUUGGUUUCUUUUGGGAAGGGCUCCCUCCCACCAUCUGUCCAGGAGCUGCCUUUGAAGCCAGUUCUGGGUUUUCCCAGCUCUGGGUCAACCGUUUUGUUCCCUGAGUGUCUGAGUCCCUGGGGGCAGGUGGCGUUCACUCGGGAUCGGUGGGCACCAGGUUGCUCUGGAAGAGUUUCAGGAUGUGGUUCUCGAUCACCUGUUGCACUGGAAACAGGACAAGGUGGGCUAUGAAGGGAGUGCGGGCUGCAGAGGCAGACGCCCACCGGCACCUUCCCGUCGCAGGCUGAGCUGGGGAGGUGCUGCCCUGAGGACUGCACCCUCCCGUCGGGGGAUGAACCCCACCCUGGUACCUGGAUGGAGGACCCAUUUCAUACAAAGGGAAAUCCAUGCCCCUCUCUCAGGCCACAGUUGGGAAGACUGAGGCCCCCAUCCCAGGAACCUCAGUUUCCCCUAAGUUUGUAAAAAUGCAUUUUUGAAGGCUUUUUGACAUCAUGAAAAUAUUCCUUACCCAACAAAAUUGACAAAUUGUGAUGUUUAGGAAAGAACAAGAGGGGCUGUGAGGAUUGAUUUUCUGUCCCAAAUACAGUAUGAUUCCUUGAAACAAGGAGGGGUAUUUCCCGAGCCUUCAAUCCCUGCCAUGACGCCAGGGGGGCGGUUUUGUUAGGAUCUCCCUGUUUUAUGGGUGGGGAAGCCAAAGGGGAAGUGGGGAGUAAAACUGGGGUCUGCUUAUGGCCUCUGCUCAUGCCCACCUCCUGUCUCAGAGACGAUGGCCUUCAGAGCUCACUGCACUGUGACCUGGCCCCCUCCCUUUGGGCACCCUCACCCUGCCAAGCCUCUUCAUGUGCUAUUCCUCCAGCCUGGACCACCCUCCCUCCCCUUGGGUCCCUAGGAAGCCCUCCCUGACCCCCAUCCAUCCUGAUGUGGGGUCAGGGCCUCUUUUGGGCCUCUCUGUGCCUGAGUGUCCCCCAUCAAGGCCCCACUCACUGACACACCCACCCUCAGUACCCCUGGAGCCUCCAAGAGUCAGGCCUAGCAUGUGCCCUGGCUAGAUACACAGUGGCACUCGAUGUCUGCUAAUGCGAACUCUUGCUACCAGCACCUGACAUCUGAGAGGGAUGUUCCAAGGACCCUCUGUGGUCACCCCACCUACAGCACUGUCUACCCCACG